UCGUUUCCAUGGUAGCUGGAGCUAGCUGCGGGCUCUAGUAGCCGGGAUCUCCGAGUGUCCCGCGGGGCGCCGGAGUGGGUGCCGGAGUGGGUCUCGGGGUGGAGCCGAGGUUCGGGUCUCUGCAGCCCAGCCACCGCUCUCCGUGGGGACGGGGGCACCCAGACGGGGUCUUACUUUAGGGGCCCUCUCAUGGCUUCCCAGGAGAGGGUGGAGGCAGUGCCCAAAGGAGCCGGGUUCUGGCGCUGCCCCAAGCCGGCCACAUACACUCCAGGGACCUGCGAGCUGCUCAGAGUGAUGAUGCAGGAGUCCAGAUUGACUAACUUCCAACAGCGCCACAUCAUGGACACCAUGAAAAGAGGAGACACGCUGCCCCUACACUGCAGCCCCACCUCCAGCCAGAGGGUCCUGCCUGCCAAGCAGCCAGCCUCCGCCAUCUACCUGCCCCCGAUCCUGGCGGCCCAGUCCCACCUCCGGCCUGCCAGCGUGUGCCAAGCCAACGGGGCCUACAACAGGGAGCAGUUCAAGCCUCAGGCGACCCGAGAUCUGGAGAAGGAGAAGCGAAGGCUCCAAAACAUCUUCGCCACGGGGAAGGACUCAGACGAGCGGAAGAGAAAGCCCCCACCCGUGCGGCACCAGGACCCGGCUCCCGAGCCGGACCGGUUUGAAGAACGCCUCCUCCCCUCAGUGGUGAAGGAGAUCCAGGAGAGGAAGGAUUUCCUGGCGGACAUGGAGGCCCUGGGACAGGGCAGACAGUACCGGGGGAUCAUCUUUGCUGAAAUCUCCCAGAAACUGCGAGAAAUGGAAGACAUUGACCGCCAGAGGAGUGAGGAGCUUAGGAAGGUCCUCACCAAGGCUUAGCCUGUCCCCAGAGAGGGCGCGGGGAGCCAGACCACCACCAAGGCAGCCUGCCCCCUGCCAAGCAGGGUUCCCCCCACCUCUCCAGCUCAGCCCACCCACCCUGGCCUGCAGCCAUGACACUGCCCCGGCCUCGGGGAGCCAGGCCUAAACAGCACCCUAGAAAAAGAACCACCUGUCAGAGCUGAUUCUCCUCAAGACUCUGCCCAGGGUCCGCUGAGACCCAUUCACAGGCUCAGAGACCCACACCCAACUCGGAGUCUUCUCAGGAAGGAGCUCUGCACGCUGGGAGAGCAAGGCCUGAGCUACACCUCCUUGGCCGUGCCUGAGAGUACCCAGCAGGCCCUCCGCCCACCCCUCCAGCCAGUGAGUCCUGCACAUCUGGUUUUCUGAACUUAGCAAUGAACAUGAUGCCUUUUGCUGCCCGUCUCAGGACCCACACAGCCUCUGGCAAAUGCUUAACCACCAUCAUUAACUGGUCAAUAAAACAUACUUAACAUUAAGUCAUUGCACACAU